UCAAACCCAAAACAAUCGAAACAGAAAAAAAAAAGAACAAAAAGAAUUAAAAAUUAUUUUAAAACUAAACCGAGUCCGAGUCCGAGAUGUCUGGUGCGGUAGCGAUUCACGUUCCUGACUCGCCGAUCUUCUCUUCACCGCGGCUUAAAACUUCCUUAUUCUGCAAGCCGUGUUCCUCGCCGUCGCCGUCGCGAACGGUUCUAUCAUUAACGUCGUCGUCGUCGACAACCACAUCACCGAGGGCUGUUGUUACGUCAUCUCCCCGAGGUAACUCGCCGAAGUCUCCGUUAGCUGUUAUUGAGAAGGUGAAUACCGGUCCGGCGUUUUUGAAAAGGAAGAGACCUGUGAGAAUUGAUAUUCCGGUGUUGGCAGGUGUUUGGGGCGGCGGUUUAGAGACGCCGAAGCCGAAGUUACCGGAGGUUAUGGCGGUUGACGAUGAAUUUUACUCGGUUUAUUGUAAAAAAGGAAAACGAGGUCAUAUGGAAGAUCGAUUCUCUGCUACUGUUAAUAAUUCUCAUGGUUUUUUUGGAGUUUAUGACGGACACGGAGGAGAAAGUGCAGCUGAAUUUGCAGCUAAUAAUUUGGAAAAGAAUGUAAUGACUGAGAUGUUAAAUAGAUGUGACCGUGACCGCGACGGUAUCAAAAAUGCUGUUAGGGAUGGUUAUUUGUCUACGGAUAAAGGCUUUUUAGAGCAAAAUGGCGUUAAUGGUGGCGCUUGUUGUGUGACCGCGAUGAUUGUUGAAGGCGAUCUUGUGGUUUCGAAUGUUGGUGAUUGUAGAGCUGUUUUGUGUAGAGGUGGUGUUGCUGAGGCUCUUACUUCUGAUCAUCAACCUUCUAGGGUGGACGAACGUGAUAGAGUUCAAGCGUUGGGUGGUUAUGUGGAUUGGUGUCGUGGUGUGUGGAGAAUACAAGGAUCUCUUGCAAUAACUAGAGGGAUUGGAGAUAGGCAUUUAAAACAGUUUGUGAUUGCGGAGCCAGAAACUAAAGUAUUGAGGAUUGGUACGGAUUGUGAGUUCUUGAUCUUAGCGUCUGAUGGCCUUUGGGAUAAGGUUGGUAACCAGGAGGCAGUUGAUCUUGUUCGUGCAUCAUUUGUCGGAUUUGACAAGCCAGAACCAUUCGAUGCUUGUAAAAAGCUGGUUGACUUAGCAAUUAAAAGGUGCUCAAUGGAUGAUAUAAGUGUUAUGAUUAUUCAAUUAGGUCGUUUUAUAUCAUAAUCUACCUUUUAGCAUAGAAGAAUAUAUGGAUGGAGAUGAUGCAUGGUAUUUGUUUUCAUGCAAACCGAUUGAAGCACGUCUGAAGUCCUACACUGACAUUUAAUUUAGCUAUCGGCAGUAGAGAGAAUGGCUGCGGUCAAACGACAAAUUUAUAGGACCGAUGCGUUUUUGCUCUUUAAUUGUAUAUAAAGUUAAAGUAGAGCCUUAUUAGAGCUUUGUAUUAUUUUUUUCAGAAUAUAAAGUACAUUCUUCUGGCCAA